UAGUUCUUCCAAAUAUAUGUUUAGAAUUUAGAAUCUAACAUAUUUCUAGUCUUAUAUAUAGAUUUGCGAGACUUUAUUUUAGUCGUAUAACUAACAUUGACUUGUUAACGAUCCAAAAGCAUGAAUGAAGGAGCUCAAUCCUCGAUCGGCGUGAGCCUGGCCAGAAUGAAAUUCCAUGGAAUGGAUUACGCAUAGGGAAUAUAUGAUACUAUAUAAAAAAAAUAUAAUAUCAAUUAUGUUUGGCAUAAUUAUAUGCAUAUGAAGUUGAAUAUGUCCAUUUUAAAGAUAAGAUUACAUAUUCACAUAACUAUACUUCUAAUCUACAUUGAUAUUGACUCAUGUGUCAUGCGUUUUUUUUGUCCGUAGAUAUAAAACGAUCAAUAUUCCAUGUCAAUAUCAACAAGCCGGCACAUUAUAGUCCCUGUAUAUAUAAGUCGUAAAUUUCAUAUGAUUUGAAGGAAAAUAACACAUUAUUUUCGUUUACUAAAAGAAACAAAAUUAAAAAAUGGCUACGACUACACAACACAUGAAUCAAAUCUUCCUCGUACUCCUCCUCAUCUCCUUCGCAAUCUCUCCGGCAAUAUCAACGGUUCCAAAAGAAUGUGAGGCCGACUCAACAGAAUCUUGCAUCGAUAAAACCAAAGCCUUACCUCUCAAAAUCGUAGCAAUCGUUGCCAUCCUCGUGACAAGCAUGCUUGGAGUUACAGCUCCUCUCUUUAGCCGAUAUGUCACUUUCCUGCAUCCAGACGGUAAAAUCUUUAUGAUCAUCAAGUGUUUUGCAUCCGGGAUCAUCCUAGGAACCGGUUUCAUGCAUGUUUUGCCGGAUUCUUUCGAGAUGUUGUCCUCUCCAUGUCUUGAAGACAAUCCAUGGCACAAAUUUCCCUUCACGGGCUUUGUCGCUAUGUUGUCCGGUCUUGUAACUCUCGCUAUUGACUCUAUUGCUACAAGUCUCUACACCAAGAAAGCUUUUGCUGAUGACAGCGAAGAAAAGACUACUCCAAUGAUAAUUCAAAUCGAUCAUUUGCCUCUAACAACUAAAGAACGUAGCUCUACAUGCUCAAAACAACUAUUGCGGUACCGAGUUAUCGCCAUGGUGUUGGAGCUUGGGAUAAUAGUUCACUCUGUUGUCAUUGGACUAUCUCUAGGUGCAACCAACGACACGUGCACCAUCAAAGGUCUUAUUGCAGCUCUUUGCUUCCAUCAGAUGUUCGAAGGCAUGGGUCUCGGUGGUUGCAUCCUCCAGGCAGAGUAUACAAAUGUGAAGAAAUUCGUGAUGGCCUUCUUCUUUGCGGUUACAACACCGUUUGGAAUUGCUCUUGGUAUAGUCUUGUCGAGCGUUUACAAAGACAACAGUCCAACCGCAUUGAUCACAGUUGGACUGCUCAAUGCAUGUUCCGCAGGAUUGCUCAUUUAUAUGGCACUCGUAGAUCUUCUAGCCGCAGAGUUUAUGGGAUCUAUGCUCCAAGGAAGCGUCAAACUUCAGCUUAACUGCUUCGGUGCGGCUUUGCUUGGUUGCGGAGCGCUUAAACCGUACCAUUCACCGUCUGUUCUCAACACCCGUCCUUUCUCGAUCUCGUCUCCUCUCUCAUCCAUAAGCCUCACUUGUUGCCCUUGCUUUAUCCCUUCUUCUGAUGAUGACGAUGAUCUCAACAGAUUCUCUCCUGUUUUCGGGGUUUUUGAUGCAGUCAGAUCUUUAAAUGGUGUUGAUGGUUUCUGCUACCAAGUGUUUUCAUCUCCAGGACUCUCUAGUAAUUCCCCUGAGCUGUAA